AUGUCAUCUUUGGAGACGGCGAAGGUAUCCAAGGAUAUAUUUCCUAGUGAAAUACAUCGUGUAGCAAUUGAUUCCACUGGACGAGUCGGUUCACUAUAUGAUGGAUAUCGAGAUUGUAUUCUGCAAAGAUUAGAAUUUCAUAAAAUAGAAGAAACAUUUAACAUAACUGAGCCGAGACAAUGCGAACUAAUAAAUGGUCAACAUGAUCAGAACCCAAAUAUUUUGAAAAUAAUGCGUAUUCAAGAAGAAUUAAGAUUGAGCUUAUUAUUGAAUAUAUCAAAAAAACCUGGAACAGACACAAUGAUUGAUUAUUGUCAACCCAUCAACAAAUGCACUCGUUUCAUUCAAUAUUCCUCUUUAAAACGAGAAGAAAAACUUCCUGACAAUCCUGCAAAUAUUAAAAUUGUCAAUAGAUUACCAACAUUUUCCACUGCUGCAACUCAUAUUAUUACGAAAGUUUAUUUUGGAGUUAGUCUCACUGUUAUUUUACAAUUGCCAAACGUUCCGAACACAGUUGAAGCGAUUGAUAAAGUACUUAUAACACUUUGUAACCGUUUACAAAAUCACCAGAGCGCUUACCUAUUAACCACAUAUGAAAAAAAUGUCUUAGAAAAAAUAGUUCACACACGAGUCUAUUCAAAUAUACCUCAUUUAAAAAAUCUCACUAAGAUCUGGGAUGUUUGUUGUUUGAUACAACAAAACCAAUGUUAUCUUGGCACUUAUCCAAUAUCCUACACUCUUCGAUCCAUGAAAGAUUUCUUUUCUGAAUAUGAUGGAGGUAAUGCACAGUUCAAUAUUCUACCUGAAGAGUUCAAUGAAGCUAUCGAAAAUUAUGUAUUUCAACUAAUAGUUAGUAUGAAAACAUUAGAAAAUUCUAUGACACGAGAUAUGCCAAAAUUCUUAUGUGAGUACUUGAAACGGCAAUUUAAUAACAUACAAACACAAUGGCUGGAUGUGAAAAAGAAAUUUACAAAUGAAAUAGAACGACUUUCAAAUUUAGUUGUUGAAAUUCGAAGUUGUAGAACUAACAACUUCAUGAUUCAUGACACACUUUACAAUAAUGAACAAAUGGCCAUGCAAACCAGUGUUACUGAUUUAACUCAGUAUCUAAAAUGUUUGGAGAAAAAAGAAUAUUUUAUUAGGAAUUUACAUCGGCGAAGGUUUCAAUAUUUGAACGCUGAUGUUUACAAAAUCGAUAAAACAGAUAAUGAGAAAAGAAUUGCACAUAAACUGGUUAAUGAUAAUCAAUAUUAUCGAAUUAUCUGCUCAAACGAUUGUUUAAACGAAAAUAAUAUUAAUGAGUUAGAAAAACUAAUAUCUAAUUUAACCGAAGAACUAAAACACAAUCCUAAUUUAUAUCUUAUCUAUGCUGAUUUUUCCAAUUCUUCUUUUCCAUUAGCUAAUAUGAUGGUAUUGCAAUCGCCGAAAACCCUUCUCAAGUGA